AUGGUUGAGGGCCCUGAGGCCCCCAGUCAUCUUGAAAAGCUUGAGCUUUGUCAGUAUUUAGUAUAUACAUGUACUCCUCUUCCUUCAACAAAAAGCCAACUCUACCACAUAUGGUUUUGGAAAAGAUGGGUUUCAUCUUAUGUUUUCUCUUGUCUGCUACACUGCUAAAUAUCACUUCUUUAACCAUUGUUACUGUCUCUGCAACUCCCUUCAAUAAUAUGACAGAUAGGCUUGCCCUGCUUGCCUUCAAAUCGAAGAUAAUUCAUGACCCUUUAAGCGUCUUUAGUAUGUGGAAUGAUUCUCUUCACUUUUGCCAAUGGCAAGGUGUUAGAUGUGGCCGUCGACAUGAAAGAGUAACAGUCUUAAAUUUGGGGUCAAGAGGCUUGGUGGGUUUCUUGUCACCUGCAAUUGGCAACCUCAGUUUUUUACGAUCAAUCGAUCUUUCAAAUAACACCUUCCAAGGAAAAAUACCUGAAGAACUUGGCCAUCUUUUUAGACUGGAGAAUUUAAUCUUGAAUAAUAAUUCUUUCUCAGGGGAGAUACCAGGCAACCUGUCAAACUGCUCCAAGCUUGAAUACCUUGGCUUGGCUGGUAACAAGCUGGAAGGGCAACUUCCAGCAGAGCUUGAAUCCUUGUCUAAUCUUAAAAACUUCAUUAUUCAUUGGAACAAUCUCACAGGAGUUAUACCUCCUUUCUUUGGAAACCUUUCUUCUCUAGUUAGUAUAUCUGCAGCCGGUAAUAGUUUCCAAGGAAAUAUCCCAGAUACACUAGGGCAACUGAAAAACUUGGAAUCUCUUGGACUUGGUACAAAUGAACUUUCAGGUACAAUCCCUACAUCCUUAUUUAAUAUAUCCUCCCUUCAAAUUUUAUCCUUGUCUGAAAAUCAACUUUCUGGAAGUCUUUCAUCAGAAAUAGGCUUCUCUUCUCCAAAUCUCCAAUAUGUGCAACUAAGGUCAAACCAAUUUAUUGGUUCCAUCCCACUCUCCAUAGCCAACUUUUCAAAGCUGCAAAUUUUUGAUUUAGGAGACAAUGAAUUUUCUGGGAAAUUUUUAGUAAAUUUUGGAGGAAUAAAUCAUCUAUAUGUACUUUCUUUGAGCUUUAAUAAGCUGGGAAGUGGGGAGCCUGAUGAAUUCCAUUUUCUCCACUCGUUGACCAAUUGUACCAAUUUGUACGCAUUGGAUUUAGUUGCUAAUAGUUUUGAAGGGUUCUUGCCCAAUGUUUUAGCCAAUCUUUCUGUAGGACUUGCAUUUCUUGGUGUAGGACGAAAUCAGAUAUCUGGAAGUAUUCCUUAUGGGAUAGGUAACCUCGUCAACUUAGAUCGCUUGGGUAUGGAACUUAACCAACUCACAGGUCCUAUUCCUCCUGAUGUUGGCAAGCUUCAUAAGUUGCAACGGCUUUCUCUAGCUUACAACAAUCUCUCUGGGAAAAUUCCUGAAUCUAUUGGAAACCUAACUCUGUUGUUGGAACUAGACUUGCACGCUAAUGGAUUGCAAGGUAGCAUACCUUCAAGUAUUGGCAAUUGCCAUAGUUUGUUGGUCCUAUAUCUUGGCAGAAAUAAACUUGGGGGUAGUGUUCCUAGAGAACUUUUCACUAUUUCAGCUCUAUCAAUUUCGCUAGAUCUAUCUCAAAACUUAUUGGCUGGACCUUUACCUAUAGAAAUCAGUAAUCUGAAAAAUUUAGUGCAACUGAAUCUUUCUGAGAACAGGUUUUCUGGGGAAAUUCCUAGCACCCUUGCUAGUUGCACCAGCCUUGAAUAUCUAUACAUGCAGCAUAACUUGUUCCAGGGAUCCAUUCCUUCAUCGUUCCGUUCAUUGAGAGGUAUCCGCAAGCUUGACCUGUCUCAUAAUAAUUUAUCAGGUUCAAUACCAGAAUAUUUGGAGACCUUUUCCUUUGAGGUUUUGAACUUAUCCUUCAAUAACCUAGAGGGCCAGGUUCCAAUUAAAGGAGCAUUUUCAAAUGCAACUGCAAUAUCAGUUGAUGGGAACAAUAAGCUUUGUGGAGGUAUAUCUGAACUUCGGUUGCCCAAAUGCACUCUAAAAGAGUCUAAGAAAAGGAAAAUGCCUCUGUCACUUGUGUUGUCAAUAUCAAUAACAUGUGCCAUUCUUGUAGUAAUUGCUGUGUCAUCUACCUUAUACUGCUGUCGGAGAAGGAGAAGAAAGAAAAAGCCCUCUUCAGAUACAUUGUUGCAGGAGCCAUUGCAAAGAGUUUCUUAUGGAAUGCUUCUUAAAGCGACUGAUGGAUUCUCUUCUUCUAAUUUAAUUGGAGUGGGAAGCUUCGGUUCUGUAUAUAAAGGAAUCCUUGGUCAAGAUGAGACAAUUGUGGCAAUCAAGGUACUUAACCUUCAACAUCCGGGAGCUUCUAAAAGCUUCAUGGCUGAGUGUGAAGCCUUGAGAAAUAUUCGUCACCGAAACCUAGUAAAGAUCAUAACCGUUUGCUCAAGCUCUGACUUCCAAGGAAAUGAUUUUAAGGCUCUGAUUUAUGAGUUCAUGUCCAAUGGAAGUUUGGAGAUGUGGUUACAUUCAAACCCACAAACUGGUGAUCAGGGUAACGAAGCUAGGCAUCUAAAUCUUCUUCAAAGAAUAAACAUUGCCAUUGAUGUGGCAUCUGCACUUGAUUACCUGCAUCACCACUCCCAUCAGCCCAUUGUUCACUGUGACCUAAAGCCGAGCAACAUUCUUCUUGACAGUGAGAUGACUGCCCAUGUUGGAGAUUUUGGGUUGGCAAGGUUUUAUCCUGAAAUUACAAGUUUAAAUCAAAACAGCUCUAUCGGAAUAAGAGGAACUAUAGGAUAUGCUGCUCCAGAGUAUGGCCUUGGGAAUGAGGUUUCAACUUACGGAGAUAUCUACAGCUAUGGGAUCCUAUUGCUGGAGAUGAUAACAGGGAAGAUGCCUGCUGAUAACAUUUUUGAGGAAGGUCUCAAUAUUCACAAUUAUGCAAAAAAUGCCAUGCCAAAUCAGAUUCGAAAGAUUGUGGAUCCAACGCUUAUACACACCAGAGUAGAAAAUGAAGAGGCUGACAACAAGAGCAAUAAAACUCCAUCAAACUCAAGGGGCAACAGCCAACUUGCAGUGUUUGAGGAAGUCUUAACUCGCCUUAUCAAAAUUGGAGUUUCAUGCUCAAUGGAAUCACCUCAAGAUCGCAUGGAGAUAAGUCAUGUCCUCAAUGAACUAUACUCGGUUAGGAAGCUUUUCAGGAAAACAUAAUAUAGGUUCAUAAAAUAUAAAGUAUAUAUAUGCUCUAAACUCACAUGAGAUUGGCUCCAAUUAUAUAAAUAGGUUCUACAUUAUAUGAGUCUAGUGCAUAUACACCCAGAGUGUAAGCAAUAAGCUCUUAUCCUAGUUAAUAAAUGUGUGCAAGUUAAUCAACAUCGAUUAUCAACCAUUGGACAUGUAUCUUCCAACCAAUGCAAUGGCCGAGUUUUCAGUGUGCACUGCAUGUGCUAGUGUACCAACUGAAUCAUUUUUAAAAUAGGAACUAAGCUCAGAUGGUGUUUUUUAUGCA